AUGGCUUCAACUUGGGGACAGGAUGUUAUUUUAUGUAAUCUGUGUCCAAAUCCUGUGGAACAUCACUGCAAUCUUUGUCAUGUGAAUCUCUGUCCCUCUUGCAUACCACAACACAUGGCUGACAAAUCAAGAAGGCAUGAAGUUGUUGAGUACACUUCGCAAAAAAGGCAUACCGUUGUUCCUCCCUCAUGUUCCACGCACAAGAACAACAUAUGUGAGACAUAUUGUCUAGAUUGCAAAAUACAAACAUGUACACAAUGCAUUGUGGGUUCCCAUAAGAAACAUGACUUUACUGAAAUCAGUACUUUUCUUCAAAACCAGAAACAACAAAUUCUGAAUGACACAGAUGAACUCGAAAAUACAAUACUUCCAAUUUACAGAAAUAACAACCAAGCCACAAUUUUAAAGGAGUCUGAAAAUGUUUGCUCAGCUAUAGAAAAACAAGAGCACGAAAUUACGAAAGCAGUACAUGAAAUAAGCAUGAAACUCCAAUUUGAAGUCAAAAGAUUGACCGAGAAAUCUAUAGAAAAGAAAAAGGAUAACGGGGCAAACAAAACUGUACAAGAGCUAAAUGAAAUCAUUAAAAAAAACAAAUGUAUUUUAAGGAAUAAUGAUGGAAAAGCCAUGAUUAACUAUCAUUCAAGAAAUAAGGAUUUUCGUAAAGGCCCAGAAUGUUCCAAACUUUCUUUACCGAAGCUGUUACCUGGUAUUGUUCAAAGAGACCAAAUUUUGGAUAUGCUUGGUUUUCUCCAGAUUGGCGAUGAAGAAAGCAAAAAAGCUGAAAUGCUUAAAGUAAUGGAUGAGCCUGUUAUACUAAGCACAAUACAAUGCCAAAUCGUUCAGAAGCACCUCUCGAGAGUUAUAUGCAUUGGGAAGGAUAGAAUCUUGAUCAGUGGAAAAGAUAGAUCAAUCACACUUAUAUAUAGGACUGGAUUCACUCUGAAAACAAUUCUUACAGAUGGUAUAGUAAUAGCAUUAACUGUUAAUUUGCAACAGGAACCAGUAUUUUCUUUAAGUUCAUUAAUUCGUAAAAACACAGAUGUAUAUGUUUAUAGUAAGGGAAAGGUAGAGGUUUUGAUUAGCACACCUGACUGGUUUCCUGUUGGUCUCUGUUACACAGGAAAUGGAGAUCUACUAGUGAGCAUGCGCUCAGUGGAUGGGACACAGAGCAGGGUAGUGAAAUAUGCAUCAAGAACAGAAAUUCAGAAUUUCCAGAAUGAUAGUCAAGGACAGCCUUUGUUUUCUACUGGUGUUGAAAGUAUGCUUCUCCUGACUGAGAAUGGCAAUGGUGACAUCUGUGUUGCUGACUGUGCAGGUGAGGCAGUUGUUGUCGUAGAUUCUUUUGGAAAAUUAAGAUUCAAGUAUGAAGGCAAACUCUCCAAGCAGUCAGAUUUCAAACAACCAUAUCACAUUGUUACCGAUGUCAAAAAUCAAAUACUGAUAAGCGAAUGCACAACCAACAUUAUCCACAUUAUAAACAGUGAUGGCGAGUUUGUCUGUUAUUUAGAACAUCCAUGUAACGGAGGAUUGAGCAUUGGUACUGACAAUAACAUAGUUGUCGGAGAUGUACUUACUGGAAAAAUUCAAAUUUUGAAAUACCUAGAGUGAUAUGAUCUUGCUGAAAAGUAAGAAAUAAUGCAACU